CUCAACAAGCCCUCUCCCCUCUCCCACUCUCUAAGUUAUAGCUAGUUUGCUGGUUUGCUGGUUUGCUUUUGCUUCUGGCAGUCCAAUUCCAGUAUUGAUGCUGCAAGGAGGAUUUGAAGUGGUGAAUAGGGCUCUUGACAUGACGCCACCCCAUGAAUUGUGGGACUCUAGUGGGUUCUCUAACCUGGCUUCGGCCCGCUGCGCAGGCUCGGAGCAGAAUGAGCUCUCCGAGUGGGUGGAACAGGUCACCAAGCAGCUCAUUGACGACUUGCCCGAGACGCCCGGCACGGGUGCUGACAGGGGCUUCCACGCCAACUCGGAGAUGGCGUCGGAGGAUUGCAUCCCAUCGAUCCUCGGCGACUUGAGGUCGAGCAAGGCUCUAAGGUCGAAUGUUAUCCAUCAGCACCUUGAGAGCAAUGGCAACUCGAUUCAUUGGGGCAACGAAGUAGGCCCUAGUGAUAGCAAUGGCCUUGGCCUACUAACGCUCCUCCUUGAGUGUGCUGUGGCUAUUUCUGUGGACAACUUGGGUGAGGCACAUAGAAUGUUGCUUGAGCUGACCCAAAUGGCCUCGCCGUACGGCCCCUCGUGUGCCGAGAGGAUCGUCGCCUACUUCGCCAAGGCGAUGUCCAGCCGGGUCAUCAACGCGUGGCUCGGCAUUUGCUCGCCCCUAGUUGACUACAAGAGCGUCCACUCCGCGUUCCAGGUCUUCAACAACGUCUCGCCCUUUGUCAAGUUCGCGCAUUUCACCUCCAACCAGGCCAUCCUCGAAGCCUUCCACCGCUGCGAUCGAGUCCACAUUAUCGACCUCGACAUAAUGCAAGGCCUGCAGUGGCCGGCCCUCUUCCACAUCCUGGCCACGCGCAUCGAGGGGCCACCACACGUGCGGAUGACUGGGAUGGGCGCUUCAAUGGAGCUCCUUGUUGAGACGGGAAGGCAGCUCUCGAACUUCGCCAAGCGGCUCGGGAUGUCCUUUGAGUUCCACCCAGUCACAGGGAAGUUCGGGGAGAUCGCCGACCUCCCAUACUUAGUGCAACUCCGGCGGGGCGAGACCCUUGCUGUGCACUGGCUCCAGCAUUCCCUCUAUGACGCGACAGGGCCCGACUGGAAGAUGAUGAGGCUGCUUGAGGAGAUGGCCCCGCGCGUGAUCACGCUGGUGGAGCAGGAUGUCUCGCACGGGGGGUCGUUCCUGGACCGCUUCGUCGGGUCGCUCCACUACUACUCAACCCUCUUCGACUCCCUCGGCGCAUGCCUGCCGUGCGAUGACCCUAGCCGGCACCGGGUCGAGGACGGGCUCAUGCACCGGGAGAUCAACAACAUACUGGCGAUCGGCGGGCCCGGGCGGAGCGGGGAGGACAAGUUCAGGAGCUGGAGGAGCGAAUUGCAGGGAAGAAGUGGGAGCUUCAUGCAAAUCCCCAUGAGCGCCAACUCGAUGGCUCAAGCGCAGCUGAUACUGAACAUGUUCCCUCCUACUCAGGGGUAUAGCCUUGUGCAAGGCGAUGGAACACUUAGGCUUGGUUGGAAGGACACAAGCUUGUACACUGCCUCUGCUUGGACUUCAAUUGCUCAUCAUCAUAGAUAGAUGGAGCAUUAGGUUGAAAGUUUUAACUCUUGAUCAUCGUGAUACAUACUCGAUCUCAAGCUUAUUUAAUUAGGAAGUGUUCUGAUUAGUUGUGAUCUCUCUUCCCUCUGAUGGGUGUGUUGGCAUUUCGAGUGCUUAUUAAUUGCGUUGGAGUUUUGAG